ACGUGCCAAUGUUUGUUGUUCAUUAGCGCAUCAAUUUCCUUGUUGUUUGUUAUCAUGGUUACGAGCUUGAGUGUUUUGGGAUAAUGGGCUAUGUGGUGUUCAAUGGUAAAUUAGUCAGUAAACAGCUGAAUAAUCAUACAACCAGACGGCCUAAAAACCAACGAAAGACUGAAAUCUGCAUGAUUUGGGAAAUGAAUAGCUUGAGUGUUAUAGGAUUUACCUAUUUGUAUAACAAAGAAAAGCAUUUGGUUUCUUAUUCACAUCUACUUUCUUCAGUCUCUUAGGACAGAGACGGCAUUAGUUCAGAAACCAGUGGUGGGCACAGACUCUAAGAUCGCCAUGAAGCAAAUGCUUGCUUUUACUUUCACGGAACAGGGUUCUUUUGUAAGAGAGAUCCUUCUUCGAGAAUUUGCUAAGGGUCUUGAUGCAUUUGGAUUGGCAACUUUAGAGUCCUUCACAUUUUCUGGUUCAAGAGCAUUCACUUCCUUGACAGAAGAAGACAUGACAAACCUUAGAACCUUCUAUCGACUCAUGGCAUUGUUCUCAGGGAUGCAAAAGGCCGGAAGCGUAAGCACGCAAGUAAACGCGACUAGUAAAUAUGGUGAGGCACUCACACCUUUAGAGGAAGCAUCACUCGUCAUGUAUCAGCUUCCAUCAGCACAAGAGAUGCUUCCGAUUCUUUCCAUCUUACCUGAGCUUCCACAGGAGUCGCAACAGAGGUUGCUUCAGUUGCCAGGUGACUUGGUUGGAAGAUUAGUGUCUCGGGCUUUCGCUAGAACCAUUCGUAGGAUAUUUCUUUAAUGUCCGAUUACAAAAAAACGCUUGCAGAUUUGACUACAAUGAUUCUGAGUUACUUAUAAUUUUUUUACAUUAAUUUUAUGAAAAUCAGAGGAAUCGCCGUUUUGAUCCCACACUUGAACGAAAGCAUUAAAUAGAAUAAACUCAGUUUUCUUUGGUUAA